ACAGUUCGCGUCAAAAUUUUAUAGUUUCAUGCCGUCAACCGUCAUUGUAAACCACUGAUGUAUAGUGAGUUUCAUCGUGCAAUUCUAUAUAUGAUAAUGGUCCUUAUUUAAUAUCCUGAAUAACACACAUUGACAAAAUAUAGGAUCAUUUGUGUCGGUGUUAAACUCUUAUAUCAGUGAAGUGCGCGAUUUACUCUUAAAAACGACGACAAGCCAAGGGAAACGAGUUUCACCUAUAUAUGAAGGAAAGAACUCGAAUAACAAGGUUUGUAAGUGCUUUUCUAAAUUUCCAAAGAUUGCAAAAAAAAAAAAAAGAAUAGAGAGAAAUACAAAUAAUAGAGGAUAAAAAAAAACACCUCUUCAUUUCGUUUCUUUCUGAAUCGAAGAAGAAAAAAAAGGGUCUUCGACACAAGCAAGUCUGCUGAAAUCGUGACGGAAGGAGACAGAAGGGAGAUCCGGUAAGAGGGUGGGCGACCGAGGAAGCGGGGCCAGCGGCCUCCGGACGAGAGAACAGUGUAUGAUCACUACACGACUAAAGUUUAUAGUAUAAGAAGGAAGAGAUAGGAAAAAGACAGCUGCAUUUGAAGAGAUGAGCCAAGAACUUUAAACAUCAGUGCCAAUAAACAUCGACGUGUAUGUGUAUUUGCAAAAGUAUUCGGUUCUGUGUUUAAAAAAAAGUUUUCAUUUCUAAAUAAUAUUUAUAGUCUUUAAUUUCAUUACUGAACAACAUCUUGUGCUGAGGAAUUUCUCGGUCAAUAAUAGAAAAAAAAAAAAAAAUUAUUAUUACCUCAAUUAUUUGUUGACCUGACAAUAGGUGGACGCCUCUAAGGCGCGGUGUGUGUUUGUGUGUGUGUUUGUGCAAAACCAACGGUACGUGGCGAAACACCACGAAUUCGUGCGAAUCAAAGAAGAGAGAGUCCCAGUGUGGUCUGUUUUGGAAUUUUGUCGACAUGCCUCAGUUACAUCAAUGACAACCCUAAGGAAAAAAGUGUCAAGGUGCAAGCUGGAAUUUCAAGUCUAGCGAAAAAGCGCAAUGCAUCGGAGAGUGGGACACAGCAACUAUGAUGGCAAAAUCGCAGGACUUUACGAUCUCGAGGAAACUCUUGGACGAGGUCACUUUGCCGUUGUCAAAUUGGCUCGACAUGUUUUCACUGGUGAAAAGGUUGCCGUCAAAGUCAUCGAUAAAAGCAAACUCGAUGAAGUUUCCAGAGCACAUCUUUUCCAAGAGGUGAGAUGCAUGAAGCUCGUGCAACAUCCGAACGUUGUACGACUUUACGAGGUGAUAGACACACAAACGAAGUUGUACUUGAUUCUUGAGCUUGGCGAUGGCGGGGAUCUCUAUGACUACAUCAUGCGUCAUGAAAGUGGACUCAGUGAAGAAGUUGCCAGAACAUAUUUUCGUCAAAUAGUACGAGCGAUAUCAUACUGUCAUCGAUUACAUGUGGUCCACAGGGACUUAAAACCUGAAAAUGUUGUUUUUUUUGAAAAAGUAGGUACAGUGAAAUUAACGGAUUUUGGUUUUAGUAAUCGAUUUUGUCCUGGACAAAAAUUGGAAACUUCUUGCGGUUCACUCGCUUAUUCUGCACCUGAAAUUCUAUUGGGUGAUAGUUACGAUGCACCUGCCGUUGACAUUUGGUCCCUUGGUGUCAUUCUUUAUAUGCUGGUAUGUGGUCAAGCGCCAUUUCAGGAAGCGAAUGACAGCGAAACUUUGACGAUGAUUAUGGAUUGCAAGUAUUCGAUACCAUCGCAUGUUUCCGAAGGUUGUAAAAAGCUUAUUGCCCGAAUGCUUGUGAGAGAACCGGAAGGGCGAGCAACUCUUGAGGAAAUUGCUUCUGAUCCAUGGCUGUCAAUUGGCUCAGAUGCUGAUCCUAUUGAAUCGUUACCGCUUAUUUCGCGACAACAAGUUUCUGAGGAGCAUCACAAUUUUAUAAUAACCAAAAUGGUCAACGGCAAUAUUGCAACCAAAGAAGAAAUUACCGACGCCCUCGACAAGAACGAGUACAACCAUAUAACGGCCACUUAUUUUUUGUUGGCUGAGAGAAAAUUGCGAGCUCAUCGACAGGAACAAGUCCAGAAAACGCGGCCCGAGUUAUUGAACGUUUCUGGGAGUCAUCUUGAUGAUCUUUCGACUGAUGAUUUUAACGUUAAUCAAAAUUCGUUGAGUAACGUUAAUCAAUCAUUACUUAGUGUACCUCGCACUCCAGGAGAUUUGCCACAGAAUCUUCGUACGCGCAAAUGUAGUAUAGUACAAGAGGAAGACGAUGAAGACGAUGUGUCUUCAUGCUCCGGUAGGGAUGAUCACGGAAGUAAUUCAACAUUGAAUUCAUUUAAUCGACGUGGUUCGCGUUCAGAGGGGAAACUUUCGCACAUAUUACAAGAAAGAUUAGCUCAGCUUCCUGAGAAACAUAAUGCUCUUAAGACUGUUGUUCAUCACGCUCACGAGACUUCGGCAUUCCGUGACGAAAGUAUUAAGUCAAAUAAAACUAAGGACAAAAUGUUAUCAACAUUAGAUCAAAAAAUUCAUCUAGAUAGUAAUGUAAUCAGUAGUAACAAGAAUGUAGAAAAAUCGCCAAUAAUGAUAAAAAGUAAUCAAGUGGUGAAUGUAAGUCCAAAAAAUAAAAUGAACACUGCAUUAAGUACACAUGUUGAUAAUACAAUGAAAAGAACAAUAGAAACACAAGAAACAAGGCCAAAAUCAAUGAACGAUCAUCAUAAUUUAAAGACAAGUCCAAUACCAGCUAAUAAAUGGAAAAUGGGAUCUCAACAUCGAGCAUUUCUUUCUCAAGAUGAAACGAAUAUAUCAAAGGCGGAUAAUAUUCAUCAAGAGACAAUGACUACGAUACUUACAGAUUCAUCGACUGUACCAUCACCAUUACGUACAAUAACUGCAAUAACUGAUAAUCAAGUUCUAUCACCUAAAUAUAAAACAAUGCCAUCUCCAAUUAAUACAAAAAUCAAUACCAAAAGUAGUAAUCAACCAUCGCAAAUUACGUUGAAAGAAAUAUUGGAGGAUGGCGAUGCUGUCACAACAACGGGAACAACUAGUUUAGAUAGUAGUACCUCGAAAUCACGAGUUGUCAGAAAAACGGGAUACGAGCAAAGGCGUAGUAAAUUUCAUAAAACAAGAACAACAUCGUGUUCGAGUUCAGAUGCAAGUGACGAUGACAGUGAAAGUAGGAAAAAACGUGCGCAAAAACUUAGUGGUUCGGGAAAACCAUUGCCACCGAGGCGCGAUAGUCAUGAUGAUUCGAGUGAUUCACAAGAUCCUGGUGGAAGUGGAGGAAGUGGUGGUGGCGGAGGUGGUGGACUUGGAAAUGGUGAAAGAACACGUGAAACACCAUCAACUGAACCAACUGGUAAUGAUAAUGGUAGCGGUAGGGGAAAUACAACGACGACGACAACAACAACAACGUCAACAACAAGUGGAACGCAUCGAUGCUCGGAUAAUCAGGGCGCUGUCUUUGGUCGUAGACAUCGAGCUGGCCGACGAAGAGCUGGCGAGACACGGCUACGUGAGAGUCAAUCAUUGAAUCGUAUCACUGAAGUUCAAGAAGCUGAAGCACCUUAUCACAGUCAUUCGCAUACACCACGAAAUAUUGGUUUUACUCAAAGCGUUGUCAUGAGUCAACCGCCACGUAUUGUGACAAUGUCGCCGACAAUUCCACAAACCUUUACCACUGUACAAAAGGCAAAAUAUUUUGGUGCAAGACUCUUGCAAGGUUGGUCAUUGGGAAAUAAUAAAACGUCUUCGGAAAAAAUGCAAGGAUUAGGAAUCACAGGAAACAAAAGCAGUGAGAAGCAGGAAAAACGAGAGACAACAUCAGUGAAAGAGGAAGUUGAUUGUAAUAAAGAGAAACGUUUUGAGCGAAACGGAAGCGUUCCACAGCAGCCCAUUGAUUCUCGAGGUACAUCCGUGCACAAAACUGAUUGCAAAAGUAAACGAAUGAAACUACUCAGUCGAUAUUUUGCUGUACACAAAAAGCUUUGCGUUCCUUUGCCGGGUCUAUUUAAUAAAGGAAGACUGUAUAAAGCCAGAUCAUGUGGUAGCAUUACACGUGACAAGGUAAAUCCACCAUCGCCAAAAUCAAUGCUUCUUUGUACCACAGUUGACGAUAAAUGGAAAGAACAACAAAGACAAUGGUUCGAAGCUAAAAAUCAUCAACAACAUCGUGGCAGUGAUGGUGAUAUUAAUCAGAAUUUAGGACUUUCACAUCUCGUUCAAGAUAGAAUUGUUGGUAAAAAUUGUACUGGAAUUCCCGCCGUCUGUCACAUUCAUUUAAGUGAUGCUUCCAAGUGCUGUAGUCUUUGUUAGUCAGCAAAAAAAAAAAAAAUUCACUUCUUGAAAAUAAGACAACUCCAAAUUUCAAUUGCCAUAGACUUUAAAAAUCUUGGAGUUUAAUUCUCGUAAGUGAUUUUUCGUAAAAAAGAAAAAAAAAAAAAAAAAGUGUGAAAAAAAUUUUCUCCGCCGAUAGAUUUCAAUCAUAUAAUAUAUAUAUAUAUAUAUAAAUUCGCUCCACAUGACUGAGCGAAAAAAAAAAAUAUUAAAAGCCUCGAAUUUAAUUUAGGGUAAUGGCUAAACGAUCCGUUUAAAUAGACGAUCGAACAAUUGACUGAAUCAUUUUACAUUUUUUUUUUUUUUUUUUGGGAAUUUUUCCGCUUACUUUCUUUCUAUUUUUAUUUUGGUUGAAGAGAAAUCUUUUGAUUACUCUGUCAGCCGAACUAUUUUUUUUUUUUUUAUUUCACACACUCUGUUCGUUAGAUCAGAGUUUUUGGCAUUAUAAUGAUAGUGAUUUAUAACUAUUAUUAUUAUUGUCAGAGAGCCACGAUUAUAUCGUUGAUUUAUUUAUUUCUUCGUAAUAAUGAAGGAAAAAAGAAAUGGUAUAAUAUUUCGGUGUAUACCAUUUUGUCACGAUCGCUCCGUGGGAUAUGUAUCUAGUCCGUGUGAACAAACCUGUAUUAAAUGUUGCAGAGUUUAUUAUAUUAUUAUUAAUAAUAAUAAUAAUGAUAAUAAUAAUAUGAUUAAUAAUAGAUGCAGAAUGUAGGAAUAUAUUAUAUAUAUAUUAUUUUAUUAUAUUUUUUUUUUAUUAUUACACAUCAUCUAAUGAUAACAAUAGACCAGUUUCAAUUAAUUAUUAUUGUUUCGUGAAACUAAAACAAAAUUUCUAUUUAAGAGAAAAUUUUGUUUCUAAACAUUUUUUUAACGAUCUCAUUUUUUUCUUUUUUAUUGGCAUAAUUUUUUUUUCGUAUUUUAUAUUUAAGAAAAUAGUUUUGUUCGGUUCGCAAAGUAAAAAAAAAAAAAAAAAAAAAAAAAGUUUUCACGCUUCAAAUCCCCGUGCCUUGAAAUAUUAUUUCUUUCUUUUCUUUUCUCUUAUAUCUCUUUUUUUAAAACGACGAUGACACCUCGCAAGGACAUUUAAUGUAAUGUGUAUAUGUGUCUAAUUUUCUCAAUUGUCUUUGGUUUCGAGUUCGAAAAAAAAGAAAAAAAAAUUGAUUAAUAAAAGUAGUUGUAAAACAAAUAAAAGUAAAAAAAAAAAAAAAAUGUACACCGGCCACGGAAAAAAAACCGCAAGUAAUAUUAUUAUUAACUGAAGAAAGAGAAAGCACGCUGGUGCGCGCAUAACGACAAAAGAGAAUUAGUAAUUAAAUUAUAUCGUAUUUGAUAAUUUGUUCACAUUGCUCGGUUGAAAAAAAAAAAAAUCUUCACUGGUGACGAGUAAUUUUCCCUCAAGUUAUAAUUUUUUUUAAUUAAUUAAUACGUUACAAAAAUGACUAUAGAUAUUUAUUAAUUAUUGAUAUUUUAUAAUUUAUAUCGGCUCGAGUUGAUUGUAUUUGAAUCUCAAGAGAAUUUUUUUUUUUUUUUAUAUCUAUUUUAUAACAUUUUUUUUUCUCAUUAAAAAUGUGAAUAAAAUUGAUAAUUUAAUGAUUGUAAUUAAAAUGUUUUUAAAUAUAUAUUUAAGAGCUAUAUAAUUUAAGGAAAAAUUUUCAAAUUAUCUGAAAAUUUGAUAUUUUUUUUCGCUUUUUUGGAGCGACAUUGUUAGUUCAAUUUAAAAAAAAAAAAUCACCAGUGGAGGUUUAAUCUUCAUGAAAGAAAAAAAAAACCAAUGCCAUCAUCGUUGUUACCUGAUAAAAACAACUUUUUAAUUUUUGUUUUUCUUUUUUGAAUUAUAUAACAGUUCUCCCGUAAAACAUUUUUAAAAAAUUAAUUAUACGUAGGUAUAUAUAUAUAUAUAUUUGUAGAAUAUCAAAGACAUUGAUUAAUUUAACAAAUAUAAUAAUAACGACUGAUCCCACGGAUUGGAUCGAGUGCACAAGAAAUUAAGCUUUGAUUCGGUCUUUGGAAGGCUUUUUUCUCAAUAUAUACAAAGUUUCAAAAACUUUGUGCCAAGUUUUUUAAUUUUUAAUUGAAACAUGAAUUAAAUAUUUAAAAAACAAAAUCUAUGAGAAUCUGUGUAAAAUAGAGAAUUAUUAAAGAAAAAUUUGUUAUAAUUGUUUCUGUAAUAUUUAUCCGUUCUGAAAAAAAAAUUCAUAUUUUCAGUUCAUUGCUAUUUUUUUAUAAUAUCAAAAGUUUAUUAAUUAGUUACAAAAAAUUACAAUUUUUGAAUAGAUUAUAAAUAAAUGCAUGUUUCUAUUAUUUCAGAUUGUUUUUUUUUUUAAUUUGUUUUUGCAAUAAAAUUUGAUGCAAUGAAUUAAAAAUUCAAGAUCCUAUUGAAUUAAUUGUUGCAAUAUUGUUAUUUCUAUUCAUAGAAUUCGUUGAAAUGAAUUUUAAUCAAUAAAAUAUUGAAAUUUAUAUACAUAUAUAUGACUUAGAGAAUAAAAAAUAUUUUUUAAGGCAAUCAUUUAUUUAUUGACUAGAGUUUAAUAAAGUUCUAAGAUAAUAAAAGUUUUGGGCAUUAAACUCUUAUGAAUAACGCAGUUUUAAAUAAAUAUAUAAAACGUUGGCAUUAAAGUUUAUUCUAAUUUUGAACUUUCAAUGACCGAACAAAAUAUAUAAUAAUUUUUAAUUAGGUUUCAUAUAUAAAAUAAAAAAAAAUUGAGCGUUAAUUUUAGUGGAUAAAAAAAAUAAUUUUUUCACUUUUUUUUAUCGGUAAA